AAAAAAAUCUUUUUUUUUGUGGUUUAAUGCCCAAGAAAUCAUGAAAUUUUUGGUGUCAAUCUUUGUUCGUGGCUACGGCACACAGUAGUAACGGAACUUCCAUGGGAAACAGAAACAGAUACCUAUCCUGCACAAUAAUUCCAUUCGACMUCUGAGCACAGCUCUCGUACGGGUGCCGUAGCAACUUGCACAUCAUGUCCRAAGAAMAAAAAACAUCCAGCUCGACUUUUGUGGAACGCCUAGCGACGUUUCUACCCGGGCUGCAGAAUGCGCCGUCGGAUUUUGCGGUUAGMGGGGCUGCCCCGGAACUCCCUUAUCAACCUUUCAUGUGCGUGAAGGGUAUURUGGGGGGAGGUGCUGACGUGCCGCUUCCUGUGAACCAGGAUGUAGCGGAACGACUCAAGGCCGUUGCCGAACCGGUCGAUCAUCCGGGACCUCAAAAGGCCUGGGAAAUUGAUGCGGCAAAGAUAUCCUUUAAACAUCCCGAUUGGGACAAGUCYCUCCGGAAUCUUGUGCGACGCGCCCUGCUUGCCCUAGGGUGCCAUUCCUGUUCCAGCYKCASGAUCGAGCCAAUGCUGGAUAAGGYCGUGCUGCACGAAGGAGGGUGGUUCGAGGCGCAAAAUCCAAGCCCGGAACGCAAGGACGACRACGCGUUYGCGUCUCUCGUGGUGCAAUUUCCUUCUGUGUAUUCCGGUGGAGAGCUGGUAAUGAAGCAUGGCGGCAGGAAGGUGACAGCCACGUUUGGUAAAGAAGGGAUAAUGCACCACUACGCCGCGUUUUUCAAYGACAUCGAGCACUCCCAAUACGAACCGAUUGCCUCGGGUCAUCGUUUGACUCYGACSUACUCGCUUCGCUGGAACAAGAAGAUCAGGUCCCCCCCACCUAGAAUAUCCACCCACUGCACACCCUUGGAGGGACUUGUGCCCCUGCUGUCGUCRUGGGCCUUGGAAAAAGAUUGGUAUACGGGCCCUAUAGGUUUYGAGCUUGGGUCUUGGAACAGACUAAAUAAUGGGAUGAAGUCUCUUAAUGGCCCGGAACUYGAGGUGGUCAAGAGCCUUCUGUUCCACAACAAGUAUUUACCACCGGGGGCCAACCUCUACGUUGAACUCAUAGUYCUUCAACGCAUAGAUGACAAAGUCGCAAUCAGAUGUGUCUAUGAUCUUGAUGGCGGUUCCAAAGAAGCGGCAUAUGACUCYGAUACAAUUACGGUUAUCRACUCRAAAAGCAAGGGAGCGGCGGAUCUGAACUCUUUGGARUGGUGGGGCAAGGRSAUUCCAGCAUCAGAGGAUCCAUAUUGCAGCCGCUUCCACUCCGGCAGCAAUGCGCUCAGUAAAACCGUUUACAAAAAGAAUUUGGUGGUUUUUUACCCGGCGAGACACRAAUUUCAGCAACUGAUGAAAUGUCGCAAAUUCGAAUCUGCUGCACGUUGGUUGCUGAAUUCCAUUCGAUCCCUGAAAAUUCCAUGUGAAAAGGCGRACUCGUUGCCCGCUCGUUUCGUUCUCGACCGCUACUGGGACCUCCAUUGGGAACCUCUUAUUUCUGCGUACUCCAGCAAUCACAUAUAUGGGGCGUUCUCUACUUUGUUGUUCGACAUAGUCACCCAAUCGAAAAGGCGUGAUCACGCCGCUCGCUUGCUAUCCAUUUGUGAGAAUUUMCAAACAAAUGAAAUUUYGCARAGUUCAAUUUUAAAUUUUAUUGGCUGUUUCGGUUGGGACAGCUUCAAGAGUAGUCUUCCUCGGCUUAUUCUUCGCAACCAUGACAGGACAUUAGAUAUUGCAUCAACAUUGCUUCGGGCUUCUGUGGUACCAAAAGACGAUGAUCUCAUCACAACUAUUAGCAGUGAUUGGGAAUCAUUUCUGUCUUUUGGUUUAGAUGGAAYGGAUGAGGAAGUAAAUAUCAGGCCGCUAUGGUUCUUUUUGUCCGCACUGAACAAGCCAGAUGAAAGCCGUCGAGUCGCUAUUGAAUUGAACGCUAGAAAGAGAUUCGCCACGGGAAUUUUUCGUUUUCUCCAGRUCCACUUGRAGGAAGAUGCUAUUAUUGAUCCUAAUGAGAAAGCUUUUGUUUUAACACUUUUGGAUGGCCUGUUCCGCGAUCUCAGAGACUACAUGGUGCGGGUCGCAGAAGAAGCUGAUGCCGGCGUGGAAACGAACAUCCAAGAGCAGAUAUGGAACUGCUUGGAAGACAAAGACGCCGUGUUGGACGAUUUAUAUGAGUACAAGUUUAGGCUGGAUCCCAUUCUKAAGGUUUUGUGGAAACUUUUYGAAAACAUGCGCGACGAUGAGCGCCUAGCGGUGYUGUCAGAUCUUGUCGUUGAAAGAUACACUGAUCUGCACCACACCCGACUUCUCGAAAUUCUCCUUGGUCCCUGCUUGCCACCGGAGGGAACGAUCGAGAACGCYUCCCCGAUCGGGAGAGUGCUGGUGUGCUGGCUGCAAAUCGUUUACAUGGCGCUGGCCUCCGGACGACCGGUCGAGUCGCACACCGGCGAGACKCACGACACGCUCCUUUCCAAAUUUCGGGCCCGGAACGAACGCCUUGCGGACCCGAUUCCGGACCCAACUCCGGACCUGGAGCACCCUACGAAGCAGGUGAAGCGGGAGGCUAGCAAUCCCUUGUAGCGAAAGCGAAGGAACGAAUCCACCCAUUUGUCCGGUUUGGCAAAGGUGCAACAGGGUCCGUGGAACAACACGGUCGAGGAGAGACGAACGAACGUGAUUCGGCCGAGAUUUGCCGUUUUCCACUAGAGUAGAACAAUCCCGCACAAACACAGUUCCGAGAACAAGCAGUCAUACAGUAAUACCUUGUAAAACCAAAUCUACACACGUACUUCCUCUGGUCCACUAUGAGUGUCCAUAUUGCAUCUUUGCUCCUGAAAUAAGUUCAAUAGUUUAGU